AUGGUCCAGUGUUUGACAUAUCAUCGGAGGCUGUUCUACAAUAUAGCUUCUAACAAAACUAGGCUGUCUGGAACCCCUGGUAACAGAAUUGUUUCCCUUUAUACCAAGAAGGUUGGGAAAGCACCAAAAUCUGCAUGUGGCAUGUGCCCAGGCCUACUUCAUGAAGUUCGUGCUGUGAGACCUAAAGUACUAAUGAGGUUGUCUAAAACGAAAAAACAUGUCAGCAGGGCCUAUGGUGGAUCCACGUGUGCUAAAUGUGUCCGUGACAGGAUCAAGUGUACUUUCCUUAUCAAGGAGCAGAAAUCCUUGUGA